AUUUACAGUUGGUUCCGGUGCGCGAGUUGGCAGCCCCGUUCGUACACAAUAAAGCUGAGUUGACGUGGCCGGCGCAGUGACACCAUAAAGUAUUCGCAUAUUUCAUCACGGCAGCGAUUUAAUUAUUGCUAUUUAAAGCGGCAGACGAAAAAGUGAAGAAAUCGAAGAAGCGAAGAAAUCGAAUAAACGAAGAAGCGAAGAAGAGAAAAAGAGGAAAUAAUUAAACAUUAAAAAUGAGUUUGGUGUGGACUUUGAUCGCCGGAUUUCUCUAUGCGGAAAUCGCACUGGUGCUCCUGCUGGUUCUGCCGGUGGCCAGUCCUUACCGCUGGAACCGGUUCUUCAAGUCCAAAUUCCUUUCGAUGCUGGGACAGCAGGCGCACUUAUACUUCAUCCUGAUCAUGGGCAUGCUGGUCAUAUUCCUGCUGGAGUCCAUUCGCGAGAUGAGGAAGUACUCGGGCUUGCAGGAUUCCAACGAGGUGCACUUGAACGUGGAGAUGCAGCACAGCAUGAAGAUGUUCCGUGCCCAGCGUAACUUCUACAUCUCCGGAUUCGCCAUUUUCCUGGCUCUGGUCAUCCGUCGGUUGGUGAACUUGAUCUGCGUCCAGGCCAAUCUGCUGGCCCAGAGCGAGGCCUCCAUGAAGCAGGCACAGAGCGCCACUGCAGCCGCAAGAUCACUGAUGGAGGACAAGAAGACCGAGAAGGCCAAGGAAGCCGGCGAGGAUACCACUCUCAUCGAGCUCAACAAGCUGCGUGAGCGCGUCCAGGAGCUGACCUCCGAGUUGAACCGCGAGAAGAAGGACAAGGAGGCGGUCAAGUCCCAGGCGGAGAGCAUUAACCGCGAGUACGACCGACUCACCGAGGAGUACAGCAAGCUGCAGAAGCAGAUAACUAUCGGCGGAGCCGGAAACAAGGAUGAUUAAACUCUCUGGAUCCAAGUCCAACAUUUAAAUAACGAUAAGACUUAUAAGCAUGGCGGUGGGGCAGCGAAAGCAGGCACAUUUAAAAGAUUAUAACGAUUUCAAAUCGAUAAACAGCACACAUUUUAAUGUUAAUCCUCAUUCACACAACUAUACCAUUUGAUAGCGAUAUUGAUAAUGGUCCCCUUAAUGUUCGUUUCGCCUGAAGUUUUGUAUUUAAUUCGUAUGUGUUAAGUUCGCCACAGUAACACACACAAAAAGCGUCGUGGCUAUUAAAAGAACAACCAAAAAGUA